GUGUAUUUAAUGAAAUUCUCUGGGUUACCUACUCUCUUUCCAGACACGCAUAGAAACACCAAAAAUCAUACUAUUUACAGACAGAGCUCCAGCAAAAGUGAUGUAUCACUGAUCUGCAAGUCUAGCAAGAAAUAUGAUAGCUGGAGGUGGACGUGGGAGAAGAGACCUAAUUCACAGAUUGAUCUAAUGACAGUUGAAAAAGGAGGAAAAGUUCAAGUCAAAGGACCAAUUAAACCAGGAAGAUUUUCUUCAACCACAUACAACAGUCAAGCUUUUACCUUUCACAUCUCACCUGUCCUCUUCAACUAUAGUGGCACGUACAGGUGCAUUACAGAAACUACCAUCUACACAACCACAAUACUACACACCAUCAGAGUGUCAGUAGAGCCCCCUGGUGUUGUGUCGAGGAAUCAGUCUGUGCUUCUCACCUGUGAGCUUUCUGAAGUGACUGAAUCAGUGACGCUGGUUUGGCUCAGGAUGGAGAGAAACAGAGGAGUGCUGGAACAACAGAAAAUGAUGACUGAGAAAAACAACAAAUUGCAUCUCACACUGAAUCUCUCCAGCUAUCAAACAGAGUCGCUGCACUGGCAGUGUGCAGUUUUUACAGAGAAUCAGCUCAGAGCUCUGGCGCCUGUAAUAGUCAGCUUUACCUCUAAUGCUCCAACAAUAUCACCAAAAAAUUCAACUGCAACAAACCGAGGUAAUAUCAGUACACAAUUCACCUACUUGUAUUGACUGGGGUCACUCAAGCACGUCGCUCGCACACACAUUUUGGUGGGCUAUUUGUGGUUUAUAGGGACUAUUUGCGUAAAGUAAUUUAUACAGUAAUAAUCGCUAGUUCUAUGGCCUUACCCCACACAUACUCCUAAACCCAAUCCUCACAGGAAACUAUAUUGAAUUACAUCAUGUCCUUGUCAACCACUGUAUAAAAAACCCUUGUUGUGAUUGUGGUAAAAAUGACUAAAAUUGAAAAGAAA